UCGACGACAGGAGGCGGCGACGACUGGAAGGCGCAGUUGAAGGCGCCGCCGAAGGACACGCGCGUCCAGACCACGGAUGUGACCAACACUCGCGGCAAUGAGUUCGACGAGUUCUGUCUGAACCGCGAGCUCCUGAUGGGCAUCUUCGAGAAGGGAUGGGAGCGCCCGUCGCCCAUCCAGGAGGCGGCCAUUCCCGUGGCUCUGCUCGGGCGCGAUGUGUUGGCGCGCGCCAAGAACGGCACCGGCAAGACGGGCGCGUAUAUCAUACCACUGCUGCAGAAGAUCGACAUCACGUUGGCGCACAUCCAGGCGCUCAUCGUUGUGCCGACGCGCGAACUGGCGCUGCAGACGUCGCAGAUCUGUUUGGAGCUCUCGAAGCACAUGAAGGCCAAGGUUAUGGUGACGACGGGCGGCACGAAUCUGAAGGACGACAUCCUCCGCAUCUACGACAACGUGCACGUCGUGAUCGCGACGCCCGGACGCAUCCUCGACCUCAUCGAGAAGAAGGUGGCAGUUAUGGACCGCUGCGGGAUGUGCGUCUUGGACGAGGCGGACAAACUCCUGUCGCAGGACUUCAAGGGAAUGCUGGACCUACUGAUCGGCCAUCUGCCCAACGACCGCCAGAUCCUCCUCUUCUCGGCCACCUUUCCCGUGACUGUCGAGCAGUUCAUGCGGCGGCACCUGAAGGCGGCGCACGAGAUCAACCUCAUGGAGGAGUUGACGCUGAAGGGCGUGACGCAGUAUUACGCCUUCGUUCAGGAGCGCCAGAAGGUUCACUGUCUCAACACUCUCUUCUCGAAGCUGCAGAUCAACCAAUCCAUCAUCUUCUGCAACUCGACUCAACGCGUGGAACUGCUGGCCAAGAAGAUCGCCGAACUGGGCUACUCGUGUUACUACAUCCACGCGCGUAUGCCGCAGCCGCACCGCAACCGCGUCUUUCACGACUUCCGCAACGGUCUCUGCCGUAACCUCGUCUGCUCGGACCUCUUCACGCGCGGUAUCGACAUCCAGGCCGUGAAUGUGGUGAUCAACUUCGACUUCCCGAAGAUGGCCGAGACGUACCUUCACCGCAUCGGGCGGUCGGGCCGUUUCGGACACCUCGGCGUCGCCAUAAACCUGAUCACGUACGACGACCGGCACCAACUGCACCGCAUCGAGUCGGAGCUGUCGACCACUAUAGCGCCCAUUCCCAAAGUCAUCGACCCG